UCCCGGUAGAUCCGCGGAGGAGCACUCCGAGAACACUCGUUUGUCUUCUUUCGUCAACAGUUUGUUUCUCAGCUCAUUCUGGUUAAAUGUCUCUGACUGAGGAUAUGCACAAGCCUUCACCACACCAAGAGGAAGAAGAGGAGCAGGAUGAUACCGGCGCGAGGAGCAGCACGAACGAGCCCAAGCGGUUGGAGUCUUGUUUGGAUCAACCGAUGGACUCAAGCAGUGUCCAUGAAGUCAUCAAUUAUAUGCCCUCACCACUACCAGUCAAACAUUACGACGCAGAAACCACCGAACCAAUCAGCUGUGGUCUUCAAAGUUUGGAGGAGCUAUUGUCGUGGAAACGAAGUGAGGCAAACCCCUUUAAUGUGGCAGCAGUCCCUCUGGCACCUCGGGAGCCUCCUCUGGCCAGCUGUCCACGUCGGACCUUGGUGUCUCAUGACAUGAUGGGUGGCUACCUAGAUGACAGAUUUGCCCAGGGCACAAAUGCAGAGGCCCCAUAUGCCUUCUAUCACUGGCAGUACAUUGAUAUUUUCAACUACUUCACACACAACAUGGUGACCAUUCCUCCUGCUGUGUGGACCAAUGCUGCACAUAAACAUGGAGUUGUUGUUCUGGGCACUUUCAUCACAGAGUGGACUGAUGGAGCGGCAGCAUGCAAGGCCUUCCUGCAAGAAGAGGAAUCGUACCGGGCAGUGGCUGAUAAACUAGUCCAGAUCAGCCACUGCUAUGGCUUUGAUGGCUGGCUCAUUAACAUAGAAAACUCCCUCAGUGAGGUUGCAGUGAAGAACACACCUUUGUUCCUGCGCUAUCUGACAGACCAGAUGCAUGAGCGAGUGUCUGGCAGCCUGGUCCUGUGGUACGAUAGUGUGAUCGAGAAUGGACAGCUAACAUGGCAAAAUGAACUGAACCAGUCCAACAGGAUGUUUUUCGAUGUGUGUGAUGGUUUCUUCACCAACUACAACUGGACAGAGCAGAACCUGGAGUGGAUGAGCAACUAUAGCGGUGUCCAAGGCCGCCAGCCUGAAGUUUACAUUGGAGUGGAUGUGUUCGCCCGAGGCAAGGUGGUGGGAGGAAUGUUGGAAACAAAUAAGGCGCUGGAAAUGAUUCGGAAGCACAACUUCUCUGCAGCUAUCUUUGCUCCAGGCUGGGUGUACGAGACCAACUAUGAUAAGACCGAAUUCCGUAAGAAUCAGGACAAGUUCUGGGCUCUUCUGACAGAUUACCUGUACAUCCAUCGACCAGCCUCACCACUCCCCUUCCUCUCCUCCUUCUGCCAGGGCUUUGGGAAGGCCAUCUACUGGAGAGGACAGCGUGAGGUGGACAGGAGCUGGUUCAACCUGACUGCCCAGGAGAUCCAGCCCUUAUACUACCAUGAGGAGCUGGACGGCCGUGGCUGGCUCAGCAGUCGCGGCUGCCCCGAGGAUGCAUGGAAUGGGGGCUGCUCGCUGCUGCUGGAUGGACUCAUCCCCGCCACUCACACAUCUCCACUUUGUGCCAAGAUCUUCUCCCUCCAUGUACCUCUGGCAUCCAAGAUUCUGGUGACCCUCAUCUACAAGCCAUCUGCUGGGAUCAAGGUGUCCUUGGGGCUGAAGACAACAGAUGCCAGUCUUUGCACACACAUGGACGUCCAGGAUGUCAAACUUACUGAUGUGUCUCCUAUGGUACACGAUGAAGGGCUUAAUUUGGUGAGGCAGUUCUCUCAGCUGUGUGGCAAUUUGAAACCAGAUGGUUGGACCAUUGGGUGUUCACAGUUGGAGCUUCGUGGCUGUGCUCUUCGAGAGGUUUGUUUCAGCAUCGAGCGGGUUGGAGAGCCUCUGGACACACCUUUCAGCUGCAGGGUGGGCGAAAUCAUGCUCUUGGAUGGAACAAGUCUGCAGGUGCCUCCUGAUCUGGUUCAGGGUCUGUGCAUUUAUGAUGUGGUUUGGCUGCGCGGGGCUGGUACCUCACCACAGUCCACUGCUCCCUGCCUGCUCCUCAAUGCCACUCUGCGCUGGGACUACCCCACCAAGCUCGUGCGCCACUUCAGGGUGUAUUGGCGACGGCUAAGAGGACCGGAUCCCCGAAUUCCCCCAGGCCAGCUGGUUCUGGUGGGCCGGGCAUAUUCUAAUCUUUUCAGAGUGACGGAGCUAGCUGUGCCAGAAUCACCGGGCCUACUGGAGCUCGUGGUGGAGCCAGUGAUCAGGAGGGGCUUCCUGGUCCCAGAGAGCCACUGGGGAAGAAGAAGCCUCAGCUACACAGAGGACUUAACACAAUGACUUUACAUAGCAGAGUUCAGACUGAUUCUUCUUCUGCUGCAGUUAUGGCCCUGAUGUCAAAGUCAGUGUUCCAAAGUUUCAGCAUAUCAGUAACCUACAAUUUGCUUUUGGCUCCAGAGUUGUAACAAGAUGGCUUCAGAGGCCCCAAUCCCAACUCAGUGUCAACACACUUUGUUUUUCUUGAGCUUUUAACCAGACCAUGCUGUUUUCAUUAGGGCCAUUGCUAAAACCAUGAAAGCAAUUGAGCUCACAGUCCGACAUAUCCGUCUCCGUGAUGUUGUGAUAGUUUCGCAACUGCUGGACGCCACAGCUGUUGCCUAGCAACACAUAAACAUUUUCCUGCUCACUGCUUGCUCAUCUGUGUUAGCUCGGUCUUCAUGUUAUGCACAGACCAGCUACAUUUAUCUCUGUGUUUUCUGUGAAAAACCAGUUUGUUAACAGACACUGUGGUGGCCUGUGAGAUUCAGAUGAGUUAGUUUGAUCAGACUGAUCGUCGCUCCAGCAUGUGUCCACUCACUGCCAUAAUCUCCGUUACCUCGUAUCAGACAGCGUGUAUGUCGGUGUCUUGCAGGCUGUGGAUAGUAUCAGACGAGUGUGUUCCUGUCUCACUGCACAUGCUUGUAACAUCUGUAAUAGCUGGUUUACUCCCAGUGAACAAACGUUUACCACAACCCGCCUGUCACAGCUGCUCCCUCCUGGGCUUCCUCGAAACUUUUAGUAACUUCAGUGCAUGUACAGUCAGUUUAAACCACACUUCAAAAUUCCUGUCCUUUCUUGCUCGCCCCCCACUUCUGUCUCUCUCCUCUAUUCUUCUCUCCUCAUUUAACCUGACCAACUGACAACUACGUGAACUGCGCCAACUAGCUGUUUGAACCUUUGCUUGCACCAUAUUAUAAACACAUCUCAUUUUAAAAACAUAUCCCACUUUCACUCUAACACAAUAUAAUGGAUUUUGAACGGCCAUGAAGCGGAGUGAUACAUGCAGAGUUAAAAGUUAACAGUCCUAGUGCUGUUGUACUCUUAUACCAGCACUCAUUGAAUGCCUCUCAACCAAUCAAACUGCUUGGUCGGAACUAACUGUUGUAAAAUCAUUCACAUCUAACAGCAUGGUAAACAAAAGAGAGGGAAAAAUAGACUUUCUACCUCUGAAGCGGUCCCUAAGUCCAAAUAUGUUUCCAUUCCUCAAUUUAAUAUAUUCCUUUAGUCUGUGUGGCUCCCUAAUCAAAAGAAUCAAAACAAAAUUAAUCCAAGUUUUGAAUUUUGGCAUCUGAAGUCCAUUGCUCUCCCUGCAAACUGAGUUAGUGAAACUAAGACUGCAAUUACUAAUAAUAAAUAAUAUUUAUCUUAUUUCUACAUGAUGUUGUUAGGUAUGCUUGUUUCGUUGCCUUGCUGGCUAUAAACUGAAAGUGUCAGAAAAAGUUUUUCUGUGUAUUUUACAGCCCCUGAGCACAGCAUGUACUGAAGGAAAUUUACCUGUAUUCUCGCAUUCAUCAGUAUGUUAAUAUUGUCUGUACUAACAACAUCUACAGCUGGCUCUGACUGCUUACAGUGUUUGUGUAAAUAAGGAAUGAUUGUCAUUAUUUGAAAUUUCUAUUUAAUUUGUAUUUUGCUGUCAUGUUCACAAUACACAGAUGCCUUUGAAACACUUAACUUAAAUGUAACAGAAGAUUAAAAAUACAACACAUUUAGCCAAAGUAGUUGGCAAUAAGCAGAUUCAGUGAAAGAAAGAUCAGUGAUGGCCAUCAAAAUGUACUGUGAUAUAUUACCUUUAGAGUUCUCAAGGGGCCAAAAAAAUUACAAGCUGAACAGAGCCAACUGGUGUGAGUUGAAGCCCAAACCCAGCCCGUCUGAGAUCAUCACAUAGUCUCAAAUAGAGAGGCAGAGGGAGCAGCUGUCUGGUGCUUAAAUGGCAGAUAGUAUCUAUCUCUCAAUUAACCAAUCUCUAUAAUAUAUGGUGGAUUGAAAUUAUAAAUAAAUAAUUUUUAAAAAAAUGAAUUACUGUUACACAACUUUAAACAGAUGAGAAAAAAAAUCACCUCUGCUUUUUUUUCACAGGAGAGACAAAGUCCAGGCACCAAAUUUUGAUAUUGCAAAAGAGAGGAGACUAGCUGAGGACGCUUUUUGUAUGUGGUGUUCAAAAUAUGAAAAUGAGAGCAGGUUGGUCUAAUGAAAGACAGUACAUAUUUGAGAAGUGUCCUUAAAGAGCACAAGUAUGCAGAUGUAGUAUUUCAUCAAAAUCUGUAUGUGAGAAGUAGAAUUACUUUGUGACCUGUGUAAAUCAAAAUGAAUGGAGAGAUGCAUGAGAGCAUAGAGGGAUUUCAAUGUGGAAAUCAAAGAUUGAAGAUUUGAGUAUGUUUUUCAAUUCACUGUAAGUAUUGAUAAUCUAAACAUUGAUAAAUGUGAUUCAUGUGAUUCAAAAAUGUCAUUCAGCUUUGUCUUUGUCUCCCGAAAAACAAAUAUUUCCAUUUCGUAAGCCAGCACAGUCUAGGGCUCUUGGUAAUUUGCUUGUACCAUCUGGGGGCUUUUGUUGUGAAAAUCCAGCCUUGUCCAUGGCCAACUGGUAAACUAUUGGCUUUUAUUUUGAAAAUGCAGCCAAAUGGUAACUGUUUGACCAGAGCCAGCACUUUGAUCUCCUGUUAGCUGGUUGGUGCAUUAGUCAGUCCUUACAGGAUCUGUGGGCUGUUUUUGUAAUUCUUAUGGCUUGAAUGCCUGAUUUCACGGCAGCUUUUCUGAAAAUUACAAUGCAAGUUACAUAAUUUUCAGGCUUUUUCUUUUUUUUACCAUGUGGGUUUGUAUUCUGUUACAAUUACAUAGGAUUACAUCAUGAUAUGAUGCAUUUUCAGAGUCAGUAUUGGCAUAUAAUAAAACAAGUGUUUUAAAAUA